AAUGUUCAACCCUCAUUUGCUAUUUCACGUUUAGUUUUCAUAAAUAGUUUUGAUGGAAUUUUUGCUUUAGCAAAUAUAAGAGGGGGCGGAGAGUAUGGUGAAAACUGGCACAAUGCCGGUCGUUUUGAGAACAAACAAAAUGUUUUUGAUGACUUCCAGUAUGCUGCGCAAUAUCUUAUUAAAAAUAAAUAUACCAGUUCUAAUAAGUUGACUAUACAGGGUGGCUCAAAUGGCGGCCUUCUAGUUGCAGCAUGUAUUAAUCAGACCCCUGAGCUAUUUGGAGCUGCUAUUUGUCAAGUUGGCGUUUUAGACAUGUUACGUUACCAUAAAUUUACGAUUGGUUAUGCUUGGACAUCAGAUUACGGAUGCAGCGAUAACGAUGAGCAGUUCAAAUAUUUAUACAAAUAUUCACCUUUACACAAUAUUAAAGAACCCUCAAAUAAAGGUCAGUAUCCGGCCACUUUGUUGUUAACUGCAGAUCAUGAUGACCGUGUAGUACCUCUACAUUCUCUUAAAUUUAUUGCCGAAUUACAUUACAAAAUAGGACAGUUACCCCAACAAAAAAAUCCACUAAUGAUUCGUAUUGAAACAAGAGCUGGUCAUGGAGCAGGGAAACCCACUUCUAAAGUAAUUGAGGAGCUUACAGACAUUUUCUGUUUCAUCCAAAAGUCAUUAAAUCUUAAGUUUUAUGAAUGACCUUUUAUAUAAUUUAUGAAGAACAUUAACAGUCUGAUGUACCUUUAAAACAAAACGUUCUGUAUUUUAGUUCUAGAAAAAAUGUACUUAAUAAGUACCUGUUUGCGAUUUUUAUGUAAAUCUUUUUGUGUUUAAAUGCAAUU